CAGCAGUUUAAACAUGCCUAUGAUAGAAAGAGCAGUUUGGGGGAUUUUGCUAAUGAGCUCAUUGAUUACACUCAGAAAGUCGACUAAACUGAACGUUCCCAAGCUGCUGUUACCUCUCAGCACUCAUGUGCCUGUGAACAUCACACUGACAGCACAGAGAGGAUGCUACAAAUGGGUGUCCUCUAAGCCUGAGACUGUCAGGCUAUAUCCACUCUCCGCACUCAGCCCUCCGGCUCUGCUGCCGCUCUCCUGCUGCAGUCAGCAGUGCUUGGUGUCAGCUCUGUCCUCCCCCCAGGCUGUCCCUCUCCAUACUGUGGUCCAGGCACAAGACCCUGUGACCGGUCACAUUCUGCGCUGCGAUGUCAUCAUUAAUCAGAUUGAAAGUAUUCAGGUUGUCACAACUGUUCGACAGCUUUUUACCGACGACCCUCCCCUGCAGUUAUCGGUCCGGGCGUUUGACUCAGAAGGAAAUACUUUUAGCUGUCUGGCUGGCUUGAAAUUUAAUUGGCGGCUGGCAAAGGAGUCUGAUGCAAUACAGGCAGUGAGGUUUGUGCGUCACAAUGAUGCAGGGUUCACUCCCCCACCUCAUAUCCUGUCUCUAGAAGAUGCUGGUCAGCGGGGGGAGAGUGUCUUGCUGUAUGGGAUUCACAGUGGCUCAGCACUUAUAAAAGUGUCUUUUCUACACCCUGAACAUAAGCAUGUAGAAGCAGCCAGUGUCACUUUGUUUGUGAUAGACAGACUGCACCUGAGUCCAGUGGGAGAUACAUACCUGCUACAAGGAUCCACCAUCAGAUACACUCUGUGGAAAACAGAGCAAGAAGGAGAAACUGAGGUCACUCUGUCUGAGGAGGGAUACAGUCUGGUUGUGGACGGAUACAAGGGCAGAAUGUACGAUCCUGACAUAAUUUCUGUUGAGUGGGAAACAGCUACUGUCACCGCCCUCAAGCCGGGUCAUGCGGCACUAACGGUUACACACAACAAUCUGCCCCCUGAAAUAACGUCCCAACUCCCUCGCACUUCUGUGUUUGUGGUGAAGCCCAGCUACAUGACAUUGAGUAUUGAGGAGGAAGAGGACAGAUGGGUGUUGGAGACAGGGCGGCAGUAUUAUUUGACUGUUCGUAUCCAUGACAACAAGGGCCAUGUGGUUCACCUGUCACAGAAUGUGGUGAUUGUUGUGGAGGAGACUGAGGGGUUAGUGACAGUCGAGUCUUUGUCAGAUCCUGCCUGCCAUCUCCUGCAGACCAUCAUGAAAGGGAAGACUUUAAUACAGGUCUCGCUUUAUAGCAUCUUCUCUGAGGAUGGUGAAUAUUGGCCUGUCAUCCCACCAAUCCGAGUGCGACAGGAAGUGGAAAUCUACAAGCCUCUUACUUUACAGCCCUCUGUGAUUGUUUUUCCAUGGCAACCCCACAAUAAGCUGUACCAGCACAAUAUUCAGGUGGAAGGAGGAAGUGGCUCUGUGACGUGGGAAGUGUCUGACAGAGAAAUUGCCACAGUUACGGUAAAAGGGGUAGUCAUAGCAGGAAAGAGGAGGGGCCAGGCUGAAAUUCAGGUUUCAGAUUCCAAAAACAUCCUGCAUAAAGUAGUUGGGAAGGUGAUGGCUGUGAGGCCUGCCCAGUUGCAGCUGAUUCCCCAGACAGGCGAUUGUCGUGUGGGGGACAGGAUAGACAUUCCCUUUGCUCUCUGGGGCAUUCAGGACCCACCAAACACUUGCUCUCAGAAUUCAAACUUGUUUUCCAAGACUCACAAUCUUCAAUGCGGAGAGUCUCUAUCGGAGGACAGAAAUCUUGUGUUAGUCACAGACUGCUCUCAGCUCUCUCUACACGUCCACACUGAACCUGCUGGCAUCUUCACACACAUGUCAGGAUCUGUGUCUCCAGGUGCUGGAUUCUGUGGAGGGGUCCGCAUGGAGGCUCUUUCAUGGGGUCAUGCUGUUGUUACCUUCACAGUGGAAACAGAGGGAUGCAACAUCAGUGAGACGAAAACACUGGUGGCCUACAGCCCUCUCAAAUCUCUUGUGUCUGAGGUUCUUCUCUCGGUGGGCUCAUCUCGUGUGGUAAUAUUCGAGGAGGGUCCUCAGCCCUGGCCCUCGGCUCCCUUACGUUUCUUUAGUGAUGUCGAGGAGCAGCCGCAGGGGGGUGUUACUGUGGAGGCGUUGAGUCCGACCGAAGCAAGGCCACCUCGAUAUGCAUAUCAAGUCAUGUGCACCGCCGUGGGAGAACAGUGGUUGGUCUUCAGGUGUGGUAAUACUCCAGGUCCAUUAAACGAGAUUCCCGCAGUGGAGGAGAGCAGAGUUCAGGUGGUGUGUGGCGUCCCCGCUAGUCUGUCUCUCUCCCUUCUCUCCUCCUUGUCCUCACCUUCAUCCGUUCACUAUUCCUGCACUCAGCAUCACUACCCCUGUGGACUGUUAUCUGUGUCCAGCACUAGGGAUGCGAUGUUGCAGUUGUCUGUGUUUGACCAAAAGGGGGUGCAGUUUGAUAAUUUCACUUCCUGUUCAGUGAGGUGGACCUCCUCUGACCCUGGUCUGCUCUCAUUGUGCCCCCAGUCCACAAUGAAAGUGGCUGACAGACUAACCCAGGCGGGAUACAAACUACAUGCCUGGCAGCUUCUUCAGGCCCACAGACAGACAGGAACCGUGACUGUCAAUGUCACUCUUACAUGUCCAGAGAUGUUGACAGCUCCAGUGUCUCAGUGUGUGAAUCUGCGCUUGGUAGAUGACGUACAGUGGACCAGACACUCUGUCACAUUAUUUAACCAUCCAAAAGCCACAGAAAAUCUGACCUUGAUCCAUGGCUCAGGUCACUUUCAUGUCCAUCUACAAGACAACCAGUUAGCCAGCAUCAACCAGGGGAACAGCAAUGUAAUACAGGUGUCUCCACGUCAGUCUGGUUCUUCAGUUCUCUUGGCUCAUGACCUCUGUCUGACCUCUGAUCCUGCUGUGGCCUCCUUUCUUGUCUCUGAUAUCAAAGAUUUCCAGAUUGACUUCAUUAAUACUAUUGAGGCCAGACAUUCUGCUGUAGUGCGAGUGCGUGUUCUGGACUCAGAUCAUCAACCGUUUCUCCAUCAUUACCUUUUGCUCAUGAAACUCAUGCUUAUCCCUUCUUCAUCCAUCAUUUCUGUGGAGGACAUGGGGUCAGUGGACAAGGAGAGUGUGGGAUUCCGUGUGACCGGUCUAACAGUGGGCGUGGUCAGUCUCCAACUCUCAGCAGUGGAUGGACAUGGGCGUGCUAUAAGCUCCUCCCACAAGAACAUGCAAGUUUACCCUCCAUUCAAAUUGCAGCCCCGUAAACUUACUCUGGCAGUUGGAAGUGUGCGACAGGUGAAAUGGGAGGGAGGGCCUCAUCCUCAAUAUGGCAUCAAGUUCUCCGUGAGUGACAGCUCUAUCGCCGUGGUAACUGAGACAGGACUGGUCAGAGGCGUGGCAGUGGGUGUGGUCAAAAUCAGAGGAACUCUUCAGACACAAAAUACAGAAGCAUUGCUUACCUUUUUACAGGAUGAAGUGGAGGUGGAGGUGUUUAACCUAACAGCAGUGAGGUUACAGGCUCCUUUAGUGACUCUAUCUGUAGGAACAGAGAUGCCAGUUUAUGUGAUUGGGAGUGACAGCAAUCAGAACCCUCUAUCUCUGGGUAGUGUCGAGUCUGGCCUCAGUUUCCACUGGAGUCUAAGCAAAGCGGCUGUGCUGGAGAUCAAACCAAGGCAUGCACAGGUGGGCGUUAGUGUGUCUCCCUCUCACAGUUUCUCUGUGCUGGUGAGGGCCAGAGCUCCAGGCAGGACCAGCCUCAAAGUGUGUGUGCAGCUCCAACAGAUAGACACCAGCAACACGUCACUCUCUGAUCAUCUGACUGACGAGAUACAGAUACUGGUGUUUGAAGAGAUGCAGUUAACAGCAGGAAGCUCAGGGUCCAUCCUCAUGUCUCCCCUCUCUCAGUACCUCCUGCAGAGCAAUAAAGACUCAGUCUGUCCAAUCCAUUACACCUUUAGUCGGUGUGUCACAGGGGCAGGGCUUGUUACUAUUGAUAAUGAAGGAGUGUUGAAGACAGGGCCUGAUACAGGCCUUGCUAUUUUGGAGGUUUAUGCCGUGGACAUUUGUGGUAUCAACCAAACACUGCUGAUCAGUGUGGAGGUGUCAACAGUGUGGUUUGUACGGAUUUUGACUGUGUCAUCCGUGAACAGUGACAGUGAUAGAGCACUUCCUGCCUUCCCUCUGGGCUGGAGCAUCCGUAUCAGGGCUCUAUACUAUGAUAAUAUGGGACGACAGUUCCAGUCUCAUAAUAUACAAACACUGGUCACAGCUAACAGAGAUGACCUUGUACAACUGAUAGUUGACAAAGACAGUCGGUCGUUUCUGGUGCAAACGGCAUCACCCGGUCUAACUGUUUUGAGGGUGCAGGGAGACACUACAAACCCAUUUCUGAGCGAUUACACCCCUCUGUUUGUGAUGCCUGCCAUCCCAGAGCCCCCCGGAUUCCUGCACUCUGGGGAUGUCAUCUGCUUCAGCUCUCCCAUUACAGACCUGCAGGGUCGGCGAGGCAGAUGGGAUGUGUCAUCAAGUGAGAUCCUUCAAAUGAACUCUGAGACUGGAGUGGCAUUUGCAAAGAAUUCUGGAAUGGUAGUGGUUUACUACAGGCUAGAAGGGGGUCAGCAAACCUUCAAAGAGGUAACAGUGGAGCCUGCGUCCAUUCCUGUAUUAAUUCCUCCCGCUGAUAGGCUCCUCACUAACUGGCCUGAAGCUUCAGAAUACACCGUCAGAGUGGAUCUGAAUACCUCUGCUGCCAACACAGCGCAAUGCAAUCUAGAUCAGUGGGAGGUCAUAGAGAAGAAACUACAUCCUGAGGCAGAGCUACUGUGUUCUUUACACUUUGGCGCCCCCUAUCCAGAGAUGAGAAUACUGCAGGCUAUCUUUAAUGCAACACCCUUCUACGAUUCAUACACUGCUCAGUACAGCUGCAGGAUCUCUGUGCCGCCCCAGUCAGACUCCAUCCUCCAUCUCCUGUCCACUCGGUCUCUCUCCAUCCAUCUGUCUGCCUGUCUGCGGACUCAAUCAGCCCCAGCUGCCCUACUGUCACUUCCUCAGUCACCACGCUCUUUUCAGUCAUCCCUUCAGCUCCUGUACGUGCCAGCGUUCCAUUGCCCUGUCACCAAGAUCAAACUUUCCUCCCUGCAGCCUGUGGCUGAAAUCACAGUGUUUGGCACCACAGACAUGCUCAGCACACUAAGGGUUCAGUCAGACACCCCAGACAUUGUGUUAUCUGAUCCGGUCUGGUCAGAUGAAGACCACACUCUCCUCCUUAUUUUAGUCUAUCCAACCUUACAUAUCCUGGAUCAGGUACCAUCUACAGCAAACAUUACCCUGUUCACAGACCUUUCUCCACAAAAGCACAUUGUGUUGGUGACUAGAGUGAUUGACAACCCGGAGUCAGGUCAUCUUGGAACAAAUUCUGGCCACUUGUUCAUUUCAGUAUUUGCUAUGUUUGCUGUACUGGCUACCACUGCUGCACUUUUCAUAGUGUACAAUACCAUGCUGUCUCUCACACAGCCUGUACCUGCAGUCCUCACACACUCUACUAAUACAGAAGACAAACGGCAUUUCUACCUGUGGCUCACACCAUCACUGCCAAAACCAAAAGUCCUGCAGAGAGAAUAGUGGCUCUGGAGUACUUAGUAACUUAAUGCAUCUUUUCCCCCUCAUGUUAUUCUUUCCGAGUCACAGUGAGAAUCUUUCAAGUAAAUGGUUCUUUCCUUUACAACAGUCUAUACAAUUCAGCAGUUAACACAUGCAAACUACUCCAGGUUCCUGAAGAGUAUUAUUUCUUAUUUUUACUUGCGCUACCUAUUUUUUUUUUUUUACACUUAACUAAAGUUUGAGGUCAGUAAGAUGUUUUUUAAAUAAUGCUUUUAUUCUGAAAGGAUGCAUUAAAAGUGUAUCAAAAGUGACAGUAAAUACAUUUAUAACAUUCAUAAAUA